AUGACCACCGCCAUCCCCGUGAUUCUCUGUGGCGCCAAGCGCGAAGUCGCAGCGCUUGUCCGCGCACACAUGCUGCCUGAGUACAACGUUGUCUACGCCGGCCACAACCUCCCCGCCGCAGAGCAAGAAGUCCCGCUCAUUGUCGCAGGAAAAGCCCCGCCAGCAUCGGCCCUCCACACCCAGGUCGGCCCAAACGACUUCACCGUUGCUCCCCGCGCCGUCAUCACUGGCGGGGGCUACAGCGAGGACAGGUUCCAGACACUGUAUCAGGCAUGCGCCAACGCCAGCGGGGUUCUCUCUGUGCCGUUCUUCAGGACCGACAACCACCUUACCGAUCAACUGGCCGCGACGGGGCAGGGUCCCGCGCACGCGUCGUCCGAGUAUCCGGCUGCCGUCACUGCGCGGUUGAAAGCCAAGCUGCGUGAGGUGGGAGUGGCGCCGGGGACGACUGAGAAUCCGGGGAGUAUUGCGGGGAAGACGUAUUGGUUCUGAGGGAGGGACGAGCAACGCAUCUGACAAACGUAUCUCCCAAUCAUAGAUAUGUCAACCGCGGACCAUACCGGAUGCGCCAGAGCACGUUAUCAUAAUGGAGAACAUCCCUCCGAUCCUAUGCUAUCGUGCCAGACUAUUCCCCCAUAUCAAUUCAAAUAGCAUCAAUCCUAU